AUGCACUGUUAUAAUAUUAAUUUAAAUCAAACAGAAGACGGUAUUGCUUCAUUGACUCUUAAUGAACAAUCUGUAUAUCAACCGAGAACAUUACACGGACAAAACAAUGAACGUUAUGCUUAUUUACCUAUAUUUCCAACAAAAUGUUUUGGACCUAUUGACCAUCUUCUCUUAGCUAAUGUACCAGUUACUCGUCUUGGACCUACUGAAAUUACUCGACGUCAACAUGGAGCAUAUACUUCAGAUGCAUUAGAAAUUAUGAAUAAUUAUCAAUAUGGUAACAUUUUUAGUUUGUCUAAACAAGAUACUGAAGAACUCGCUACACGAUUACAGAUAGGCACAUCAAUCAUCACUUUUAAUGCUGAUGUACUUCGUCGCAUAUGCUAUUUACUUCUUGCGUUAUAUGAAUCAUUUCGAGAAAAUAUUCUAUGUAAGAUACCUGUUGCCUUGAACGAACCAUUUCUCAAUUCAAAACAAAUGUCUAUGCUAUUAGAAUUCUAUCUACAAAUAGAUGUGGAUACAUUCCAUAUGAAAACUUGCUCAUUUCGAGGAGCUACACCUCGAUCUUUAAUAGAAGGUCUAUUUUGUGAUAGUGAUAAACCUCAAGCAAGAUAUACAUUAACUCCAUGUGGCAAUCUUACUUGUCCAUGUUGUCAUCCAAUAAAUAAUGAUAAGAAAAGUCAAAUGUGGCCAGUCGUUGAUUUUAAUUCAAGUUCAACGCAUGAUUUUGUCAAUGGAUAUACUACCUAUCUAAAUUGCCCAGCAACGUGUACUACAUCGAAUGUAAUCUAUACUAUGACGUGUCCAUGUGGUCACUAUGAUUAUGUCGAUUCAACAGCAAAAACAUUAUCCAAUGCCAUGAUUUAUCAUAGAGAACAUGGUAAUCGAAGAAUACAUGAAAAAUUAACUGGUACUUCAUUACUUCGAGGAGCAAUUUUUGAUCCUAAUGAGAACGAGAAUACAAUAGCCAAUAAAAUGCGUCUCUAUCAACAUUCAGCACGAUGUCCAAUAGCACUUCGUUCAUUUCUAGAUUGUAAUCCAACGUAUUGGUGUUUUAUUCCUCUAGUUUGGAGUGAAGCAGUAGCAGAAAAUGAUAUUCAUUGGCACGGUGCUUCUAAUAUUGACCCUACAUUUGUUCAUGUCUUGACAACUUUUGCCACGAGUAAUCGUAGAGUAGCUCGUUCCCUAGAACGUGUCCCAUUACCACCAGCUAGAUAUGCUUUCACACAUCGACAAGUAAAACAACAACGUUUGUUUUUCGAACAAUUUCACUCUUCUCCAAUCAAUCAGUUGCCAUAUAUGACAUUGGAUUUAUAUAAGAUGGCCAUUAUUGCUGUUUUACCAGAAGAUCUUUCGAUUAUAUUACGAUAUAUCAUUGAAACAUUAUUCAUUAUUCAUGGUGAAACUAAAUUAAAUAUGAUUUGUCCUGUUGGUGGUGAUGCUGAAAAACGUUUUGGUCGUGCUUAUAAUCUUGUCUGGUGUGUUAAUCUAAAGCCAACAUCGAGUCAAUGA